GCGCCGGUUCCGGCGGCCACCCGGUCUCUGGGGCGACAGACAGACGGACAGACAGGCGGCGGCGGCCGGCGGGGGGAAAUGACUCCUCUCCUGGAACACGAGAGCCAGAUCUUCCUGGAUUUAUUCCACGAGGAUGGGCUGGUCAUCACGGCGAAGGGGAUGGGGGUGGACAGGAUUCUCUUUAACUUCCUGAAGCUGUACAGUGACCCCGGCAACUUGGUCCUGGUGCUCAACACUAAUGUCGCCGAGGAGCAAUAUUUUAUUGAGCAGCUACGUUCGGAAGGAGUAUCCCAUCUUCCUCGCAUUAUCACCAAUGAAAUUCCAAGUAAUGAGCGUUAUACGGUAUACACUGAAGGUGGGGUCUUGUUUGUGACCAGCCGGAUUCUCGUCGUCGACUUCUUAACAGAUCGUAUCCCUGCAAAUCUCAUUACAGGUAUUUUGGUAUACAAAGCUCACAGAAUCAUUGAAUCAUGUCAGGAAGCAUUUAUUCUUCGGCUCUAUCGACAGAAGAACAAACAGGGUUUUAUCAAGGCUUUCACAGACAAUGCAGUGGCCUUUAGUCUCGGUUUCUGUCGAGCGGAGCGAGUGAUGCGAAACUUGUUUGUUCGCAAGCUGUACCUCUGGCCCAGAUUCCAUAUAACAGUGAGCUCCUUCCUGGACAAGCACAAACCUGAAGUAAUAGAGCUGCACGUAUCUCUGACGCCCUCCAUGCUGGCUAUCCAAACUGCUAUAAUGGACGUAAUGAAUGCCUGCUUGAAAGAACUUAAACGCUACAACCCAUCUUUGGAUGUUGAGGAACUAUCUCUUGAGAAUGCUGUUGGACAGUCAUUUGAAAAGGCAAUGUGUUACUAUUUGGACCCAGUCUGGCACCAACUUGGUGCAAAAACCAGGUCUCUGGUGCAGGAUUUGAAGGUUCUUCGCACCCUGUUACAGUAUUUGACCCAGUAUGACUGUGUUACUUUCCUCAAUCUACUCGAGUCUCUUCGAGCCACAGAGAAAGCUUUUGGACAGAAUUCAGGAUGGUUGUUUCUGGAUGCCAGUAAUACGAUGUUUGUGAAUGCUCGAACCAGAGUGUACAAGCGUCCAGAGGCAAAGCUUAAAAACACAGGAGACGUGGUAAAGACUGAACCAAAAGAAAUGAACAAGAAAGAGGAAAAGAAGGAUCUUGUCUUGGAGACAAACCCGAAGUGGGAAGCCCUAAGUCAAGUCCUAACAGAGAUCAAAAGGGAAAAUGAGCCCAGUGAAGCAUUGACAGAAUCAGGUCAUGUGCUGAUCUGUGCCAGUGAUGAUCGGACCUGUGCUCAGCUGAAGGAGUACAUCACCGUUGGAGCAGGAGACUUGUUAAUGAGGCUGUAUAAUAAAACCUUCAGGAAGAACGAGAAGGCAGAGGAUGCAGGGGUGACCUGCAUAAAAGAUCGGAAGCCUGGCAAAUCCAAGGCGAGACUGAAACCUGACAAUGGACCCCAAAUGAAGAAAGCCAAAACAGAGACUGGUAGAAACAGGAAGAAACCAGAAUUAACAUUGACCCAAAUGGUAGGAAGAGAAAAUGAAGAAAGUUCUAAGAAGAUAAAGGAAGGAGAGGAGGAAGAGGACAAUGAAGAAAAUGUUAGCCUGGAAGCCAGCACUGAGGAAACCGAAUCUGAGGGUGUGAUCCUGAAGUUGCCAACAGAUGCUUGCUAUGGAAUCCUGAAGGAGCCACUCAUUGUCAUCCACCCUUUACAGGGCUGCAGUGACCCAUAUAGUCUGUCCCGUGUACUGCAUGAAAUCGAGCCCCGUUAUGUUAUAUUAUACGAUGCAGAACUGACAUUUGUCCGCCAGCUGGAGAUUUACAGAGCAAGUAGGCCUGGCAAGCCUCUUAGGGUUUAUUUCCUAAUAUAUGGAGGCUCUACAGAAGAGCAACGAUACCUAACCAAUCUGAGAAAAGAGAAAACAGCUUUUGAGCUCUUGAUAAGAGAGAAGGCAAUGAUGGUUAUCCCUGAGGAGAGAGAGGGAAGAAAUGAUUUAAAUCCAGAUCUUGCACGGAAUGUUGCCCUACCAGCUGCUGUUACAGACACAAGGAAAGCAGGUGGCCAGGCUCAGAAGAAAGAGCAACAGCGUAUUAUAGUGGAUGUACGGGAGUUCCGCAGUGAACUUCCUUCCCUGAUACAUCGGCGGGGCAUUGACAUCGAGCCAGUCACCUUGGAGGUUGGCGACUACAUUCUGACUCCUGAUAUCUGUGUUGAGCGCAAGAGUGUGAGUGACCUGAUUGGCUCUUUAAACAGUGGUCGCCUGUACACUCAGUGCAUCACCAUGUCAAGGUACUAUAAGAGGCCUGUCCUUUUGAUUGAAUUUGACCCCAACAAGCCCUUUUCCCUAAAUUUCAGAGGAUCUGUACACCAAGAGAUUUCCAUUAAUGACACUACAUCCAAACUUACCUUAUUGACUCUUCACUUUCCCAAGCUGCGUGUCCUCUGGUGCCCCUCCCCGCACGUUUCUGCUGAAUUGUUUGAGGAGUUGAAACAAAACCGUCCUGAGCCUGAUGCAGCCACCGCCCUGGCUGUCACGACCGACUCGGAAAUGGUUUCUGAGUCGGACAGGUACAAUCCAGGCGCACAGGACUUUCUGCUGAAGAUGCCUGGAGUGAAUGCUAAAAAUUGCCGGGCCCUGAUGAACCAAGUGAGGAGCAUUGCAGAACUGGUGACAAUCUCUCAGGAGCGAUUAGCAGAAAUCUUAGGGAAUGCCAACAAUGCCAAACAGCUCUGGGAGUUUAUUCACUCUUCGUAUUUGGACCAUACAGCACAGGGAAAAAAUAGAAAGUGACAUUCAGAGUGGAAGGAUUUUAAUGGACACUUCUGUGUUUUCAGUGUUUACAGAAAUUCUGAGCCCAAUGCAACAAUCGUUUUAAGGAGGUGUCAGCAUAUUUAAUUACAUUAAAGUUCGUACCGUUGUAAAAAUAGCAAAACUUUAUGACAAAAAAAUUUGUUACAGGUUUGUAAUUCAUUUGGGACUACCAGCAGGAACUCUCUGUGUAUUUACUAUAAUCCCACAGGGAGCUCCAGAUUCAACGGUAUGAGCUGGUUUCCUGGCCCUUAUUAGUUUGCUGCAAUGAGAUUUGACUGCAACUAAUACCGAAUCUUUUCACAUGUAUUUGAUUCACUAGAGAAAGAUGAAGAAAUGCUAAACAAAGCAGGACAGUGGAAGUUAAAUAUUACCGUAGAAGUUGAUCUUUCAGCCUGCUAUUUUCAGCAGGGAGACAGCUUUCCAUAGCCUUGUCAGUGAGUGCUGGUAAACCAAACCAUUGUGUGUCGGUAGCUGAAUAUGAUCAGCUGAGGUACUUUUUUUCAUUGGUCUGCAUGUGUUAAUGAACUGUAGAUUUUUGAAGCUUUGCCCAUGACUGGUUACACUUUUGUUUAUUUACAUUAUAUCCCAAGGAGUCUUGGCUUCAGAAAGGUGUUUUAUCAACCUGAUUCAUCCCUCUACCUGUGGUUUUCAUGCUGUUGUUGAAGUUGUUAGCAACUUUUAUAAAAGGCAACCUAAGGUAAUGGGAAUCUUCCUGAGGUUUAACUCCAUGAAAUAUUUCUUUUUAAUCCUAGAAGAUCUGUAGCUGCAUUACUUAGCUUGUUAGACCACUGUCAGGGGUUGGGGUCCCGAGUAAUUCAAGUAGUGUCAGUUGUGACUCACUCGGUACCAUUCUCACCCUUGAGGCAGAAAGUUUUGGGUUCAAGUCCCACUCCAGGACCUGAGCACAAAGAUCAAAGCUGACACUCCAUUGCAGUACUGAGGAGGUGCUAGACUGUUGAAGGCGCUGUCUUUCAAAUGGGACGUGAAAGCGAGGACCUGCCUGCCCUUGGGCGGAUAUAAAAAGUCCCACGGCACAAUUUGAAGAACAGCAGGGGAGUUAUCUCCGGUGUCCUGGCCAAUAUUUAUCCCUCAGUCAACAUCACAAAAUCAAAUUAUCUGGUCAUGACACAUUGUUAUUUGUGGGAGCUUGCUGUGUGUAAAUUGGCUAUGAAAGUUCCCAUAUUACAACAAGAAUUGCACUUCAAAAGUAUUUCAUUGGCUGUAAAGCUAUUUGGAACACCCUUUAGUCGUGAUGGAUGUUAUAUAGAUGCAAGUCUGUCUUUUUUCAGUGCCCGCUUGAUGGUAUGGAUUUUGGAUCAGGAGCAAAUUAUGCUGUGGCAUUUAGCAAUAAGAUUUCAUAUAAUGAACUUUUCUGGCAUGGUUGUGGGUGUGUUUCUAGAGCUUUUUAUGAUAAGUGUGAAGCCUUGAAAGGAAUGUUUUGGAUUUGUUUCCUCUUAUUCUUUGAUACUGUUUCAAAUGGAUAGUUAGGAUUUUAUGUCUUACGCGGUACAAAAAUUAUUUAAAAAUAUAUUAUAUGGCUCCUGGGACUUUAGGAAAUGUUAUUUGGUUCAUGAGUUGAAAGACCAUCUUGCCUCAUUGUAACACAAAUGGAAAAAUGUUCAAUUUUGAAAUGUUAAAACAAAUUAAAUUUUGAUAGACUGAUCUUGGGGUUAAUAUUAGGACAAGGAAGGGAUAAUAUGAAGCCUCUUCAGGAAAGCUUUUUUAAAAAAAAAUAUGAAUAAACUUAAAGUAAUGGGGAUUGUAAUGUAUCUUUAGGACCAGGGUAAGUUAAAGGAGGGAGAGCUGCUAAAAUAGUGCAUCAAUAUUGGUUGUACUUAUGCAUUUUGAUAUUAUGUGUAUGUAUUCAUUUUAUAAACUGGUUGAUAAUAAAAAUGUUCAAAGAAGCUAAAA